CCGCCGCCGCCGCGCUCGCCGCGCUCGCGGCCGCUCCUGCUGCUGCUGCUGCUGCUGGCCGCCUGCGGGGUGGCGGGGCGCUCCCCCGAGCCCGGGCGCCUGGGUCCCCGCGCACUGCUGACCCGGGCGCCGCCGAGCACGCCCGCGGGGCGCGCGCUGCCUGGCGGCGGCGAGGACACACAGGCGCGCGGCGCGGAGCCCGGCGCCCCGGGUCUCGGUCCCGCUCCGGGUCCCGGCGGGGACGGCGCCCCCGCCGCGGGCCGGGGGCGCCGGACGCGGGCGGCGCCCGUGGCCGGAGCGGCUUCGCGGGCGCAGGUCUCGCUCAUCAGCACGUCGUUCGUGCUCAAGGGGGACGCGACGCACAACCAGGCGAUGGUACACUGGACGGGCGAGAACAGCAGCGUGAUCUUGAUCCUGACGAAGUAUUACCAUGCAGACAUGGGGAAGGUUCUGGAAAGUUCUCUGUGGCGGUCCUCGGACUUCGGGACGUCCUACACCAAGCUCACGCUCCAGCCCGGUGUCACCACGGUCAUCGACAACUUCUACAUUUGCCCGACGAACAAGAGAAAGAUCGUCCUGGUGAGCUCCUCGCUCAGCGACCGGGACCAGAGUCUGUUCCUCAGCACGGACGAGGGGGCCACCUUCCAGAAGCAGCUCAUCCCCUUCUCAGUGGAAACGCUGAUUUUCCACCCCAAGGAGGAGGACAAGGUCCUGGCCUACACCAAGGAGAGCAAGCUCUACGUAUCAUCGGACCUGGGGAAGAAGUGGACACUUCUGCAGGAGCAAGUGACCAAAGACCACAUGUUCUGGGCUGUGUCUGGGGUGGACGCCGACCCUGACUUGGUCCACAUGGAAGCCCAGGACCUUGGAGGAGGGUUUCGCUAUGUCACCUGCCAGAUCCACAACUGUUCCGAGAAGACGCUGACGGCUCCGUUCCCAGGCCCCAUUGACCACAGUUCUCUGACCGUGCAGGACGAUUACAUCUUCUUUAAGGCAACCUCAACAAACCAGACCAAAUACUACAUCUCUUAUCGUCGCAGUGAAUUUGUCCUGAUGAAGCUGCCGAAGUAUGCACUGCCAAAGGACCUGCAGAUCAUCAGCACGGACGAGAGCCAGGUGUUUGUAGCGGUGCAGGAGUGGUACCAGACGGACACCUACAACCUGUACCAGUCGGACCCUCGCGGCGUGCACUACGCGCUGGUGCUGGAGGACGUGCGCAGCUCCCGGCAGGCGGAGGAGAGUGUGGUCAUCGACAUCCUCGAGGUCCGAGGGGUGAAAGGAGUCUUCCUGGCGAACCAAAAAACCAACGGGAAGGUGGUGACACUUAUAACCUACAACAAGGGCCGCGACUGGGCUCACCUGAGGCCGCCGAGCACGGACAUGAAUGGAAAACCCACCAACUGUGAGCCGCCGGACUGCCACCUCCACCUGCACCUGCGAUGGGCAGACAACCCCUACGUGUCAGGCACCGUGCACACCAAAGACACUGCCCCGGGCCUCAUCAUGGGCGCAGGUAACCUGGGCUCACAGCUGGUGGAAUAUAAGGAAGAAAUGUACAUCACGUCAGACUGCGGCCAUACCUGGCGGCAGGUGUUCGAGGAAGAGCACCAUGUCCUCUACCUGGACCACGGCGGCGUGAUCGCGGCUAUCAAGGAUACCUCCAUCCCCUUGAAGAUCCUCAAGUUCAGCGUGGACGAGGGCCUCACCUGGAGCACGCACAACUUCACCAGCACCUCCGUGUUUGUGGACGGGCUGCUGAGUGAGCCGGGGGACGAGACGCUGGUCAUGACGGUCUUCGGCCACAUCAGCUUCCGGUCUGACUGGGAGCUGGUCAAGGUGGACUUCCGUCCCUCGUUCUCCAGGCCGUGCAGGGAGGAGGACUACGGCUCCUGGGACCUCACCGACCUGAAGGGCGACCGCUGCAUCAUGGGCCAGCAGAGAAGUUUCCGGAAGAGAAAGUCCACGUCCUGGUGCAUCAAGGGGCGGAGCUUCACGUCGGCGCUCGAGUCCCGGGUGUGCAGGUGCCGGGAGUCGGACUUCCUCUGUGACUACGGAUUUGAGCGCUCCCCCUCCUCGGAGUCUGAUGCCAGCAAGUGCUUUGCCAGCUUCUGGUUUAACCCCCUGUCCCCGCCAGACGACUGUGUCCUGGGCCAGACCUACAGCAGCAGCCUCGGGUACCGGAAGGUGGUGUCCAACGUGUGUGAGGGCGGUGUGGACCCUCGGCAGAGCCCCGCGCAGCUGCAGUGCCCGCUCACGCCGCCCCGGGGCCUGCAGGUCAGCAUCCGCGGCGAGGCAGUGGCCGUGCGGCCCAGAGAGGACGUCCUGUUCGUGGUGCGGCAGGAGCAGGGUGAUGUCCUGACCACCAAGUACCAAGUGGACCUGGGGGACGGCUUCAAGGCCGUGUACAUGAACCUCACACUGACCGAGGAGCCCAUCCGGCACCGCUACGGGAGCCCCGGUGUCUACCGCGUGUCCGUCAGGGCGGAGAACGUGGCUGGGCAUGACGAGGCCGUUCUCUUUGUCCAGGUCAACUCCCCCCUCCAGGCCCUCCACCUCGAAGUGGUUCCCGUGGUCGGCAUCAAUCAGGAGGUGAACCUCACAGCUGUGCUGCUGCCCCUGAACCCCAACCUCACCGUCUUCUACUGGUGGAUCGGCCACAGCCUGCAGCCCUUGCUCUCCUUGGAGAACUCCGUGACCACGCAGUUUGCAGACACGGGGGACGUGCGCGUGACGGUGCAGGCGGCCUGUGGAAGCUCAGUGCUGCAGGACUCCAAGGUGGUCCGCGUGCUGGACCAGUUCCAGGUGGUGCCUCUGCAGUUUUCCAAGGACCUGGACGCACACAAUCCCAACACCCCUGAGUGGAGAGAAGACGUGGGCCUGGUGGUGACCCGCCUGCUUUCCAAGGAGACCAGUGUCCCUGAGGAGCUGCUGGUGACCGUUGUAAAGCCGGGACUGCCCACCUUGGCCGACCUGCAUGUGCUGCUGCCCCCUCCCAGGCCCACAAGGAAGAGGAGCCUCCCCAGUGACAAGAGACUCACUGCCAUCCAGCAGGUGCUGAAGGCACAGAAGAUCAGCUUCCUUCUGCGGGGCGGGGUCCGGGUCCUGGUGACCAUGAGGGACACGGACACAGACUCGCAAAGGCUGGGAGGCACUGGCGGCUACUGGGCAGUGGCGGUCCUCUUGGUCAUCGGACUCUUCGCGGUGGGCGCGUUCAUCCUCUACAAGUUCAAAAGGAAACGCCCCGGGAGGACCGUGUAUGCCCAGAUGCACAAUGAGAAGGAGCAGGAAAUGACGAGCCCCGUGAGCCACGGCCAGGGCGUCCAGAGCGUCAUCCAGGGGAAUCACUCCGGCGUGGUCCUGAGUAUCAACUCCCGAGAGAUGCACAGCUACCUGGUGAGCUGA